AUUUUACAUAAAACUAUGACAGUGAAAAUGGCAAGUCAUCCAAAGCGAAAAGAAAUAUAUAAAUACGAAGCGCCAUGGAUUUUAUACGCAAUGAAUUGGAGUGUUCGCCCUGAUCAUCGAUUUCGUUUAGCUGUUGGAAGUUUUAUCGAAGAGUACAAUAAUAAAGUUCAAAUUGUUGGGCUGGAUGAAGAGAGGUCAGAGUUCAAUUCUCGGAGUACUUUCGAUCACCCGUACCCUUGUACUAAGAUCAUAUGGAUACCUGAUGCGAAAGGAGCGUAUCCAGACCUUCUCGCGACGAGUGGAGAUUAUUUGAGGAUUUGGAGAGUAAUCAGUGAUACAGAGACUCGACUAGAGUGUUUAUUGAAUAAUAAUAAAAAUUCUGAUUAUUGUGCGCCAUUGACGUCGUUUGAUUGGAACGAAGUGGACCCGAAUAUUCUCGGUACGAGUAGCAUAGACACAACUUGCACAAUUUGGGGACUCGAAACAGGGCAAGUAUUGGGAAGGGUUAAUCUAGUAUCUGGGCAUGUGAAAACACAACUUAUUGCACAUGAUAAAGAAGUUUAUGACAUAGCGUUUAGCCGUGCGGGUGGGGGGAGGGACAUGUUUGCAUCAGUGGGUGCAGACGGUUCUGUAAGAAUGUUUGACCUUCGACAUUUAGAGCAUUCGACGAUUAUUUACGAAGACCCACAACACCAGCCGUUACUUCGACUGUGCUGGAACAAACAGGACCCAAAUUAUCUGGCAACUAUGGCUAUGGAUUCUAUGGAAGUCAUAAUCCUUGAUGUUAGAGUCCCAUGUACCCCAGUUGCCAGACUUAAUAACCACCGGGCUUGUGUAAACGGCAUUGCAUGGGCGCCACAUUCCUCUUGCCACAUUUGCACUGCAGCAGACGAUCACCAAGCUCUUAUAUGGGACAUUCAGCAAAUGCCACGAGCGAUCGAAGACCCAAUUCUAGCUUACACAGCUGACGGGGAAAUAAACCAAAUCCAGUGGGCUACUACCCAGCCAGACUGGAUUUCUAUUUGCUAUAAUAACAAUUUGGAAAUUUUAAGAGUUUGAAUUUAUUUUUAAUUUUUUUUCUACAUGAAUUGUGAAACCAAAGUUGUUGGUUAUCAGGAAUGGCACAAGCUAAAUAAUUUACUAUUUGGAAUAGAUUAUGAAGAAUAGUUUUGAACAUGAAAUAUUUAAUAUAUAGUGUCAAUGAGGUCUUAAAAAAUUUUAAAAGUACAAAAGGAAUUUAUCGAUACCAUAUAUUGUUUUGGCCCUCACAGAGGUAUUAAAUGAAGUAAAAAUACUAAUUACUGAUUGAAAAACAACAAACCUGGUCAAGAUAUAACAAAAUUGAAAUUGUAAAUGGAUUUUAUGGACACCCUGUAUUCUAAAAUGCACCAACGAGACCUUCAUUCCCAACCACUGAUAUAUAAGGAUCUUUUGUUUUCAGAAAAACCGUAAAUAUUUUAAUGACUAUCAACUGCAUACAUCCCUUGCCCAUUUUACCCCGUACCCCGUAGUGUGUGUACCAGGUUAGGGUUCUGAUAUAGUUUUAUUCGAUUUUCCCUUUUUUAGUUCUUCUAAGAAUUUGUGACUGUAUGUGUUAGCCAAGGGAAUAUACCCCCUGCCUGCCCAUAGGUUUCAGUCCCUUUACGCAAUUAAUGUAAAGUAGGCGAACAAAACUAGUUACCUCCAUAUUAGUACACACACUUCUGGAGCGCCCAUUUUAAAACGGAAUUCCUAUUUUCCUUUAUUCAUUAUUUUUCUCGUUUUCUUUCGAGUUGAUGGAAAGGAUGUUAUUUAUGAAUACUUGAGCUGAUCGAUUGUAAAUUUUGUGCAUAGAUAGUUACUGUAGUAUACAAUGUGCUAUAAUUUUCGAAAAA